AUUUUUUUUUUAUUUCCAGCAACACUCUGUCUGAUCUCCUCUCUCGAUCCACAUAAAUAUCCAGGCACCAUUCUUUUUUUCUUCUCUUUUUUGCCAUGUCUAACCUUUCUUCCUUAUCCUCUUCUCUCUCAGAACCUAUUCAUUCUUCUACUCCGUCUUCUUCUUCAUCAAUUGCCGCUUCUAACAACAUGGUCGGAUCAAUCUCCAACACCACCUUCCCCGCCAAUGUUGGCAUCCAUGCCCUUGAGUUCUACUUCCCAUCCAAGUAUGUGGAUCAAGCCGAGCUCGAACAGUUCGAUGGUGUCUCGGCUGGGAAGUAUACCAUUGGUUUGGGUCAAACCAAGAUGGCUGUUUGCGAUGACCGCGAGGAUGUCAACUCCAUCUCAUUGACAGUUGUACAAAAUUUGGUUGAGAAGCAUAACAUUUCAUACAAGGAUAUUGGAUAUCUCGAGGUCGGUACAGAGUCCAUCAUCGACAAGAGCAAGUCGGUCAAGACUGUCCUCAUGUCUCUCUUUGAAGAGUCUGGAAACUACGAUGUCGAGGGUAUCGAUACUAAAAACGCCUGCUACGGAGGCACUGCCGGUGUCUUCAAUGCUGUCAACUGGAUCGAAUCUUCCUCCUGGGAUGGCCGCCUCGCUCUCGUUGUCGCUGCUGACAUUGCCUCCUAUGCUGAAGGCCCUGCUCGCCCCACCGGCGGUGCUGGAGCUGUUGCCGUUUUGAUCGGUCCUAAUGCCCCUAUUGUCUUUGAUCAGGGUGUUCGCGCUACCCAUAUGAACCACUUGUGGGACUUUUACAAGCCUGAACUCGCUAGCGAAUACCCCACUGUCGAUGGCCACUUUUCCAACACAUGCUACAUUCGCUCCGUUGACGCUUGCUACAGUCUGUUUACCAAGAAGUUUUCCAAGCGCCAUAGCCCCAACCCUGACCAGCUUAUCAAGAAUGAAGAUCUUGACUUUGUUGCCUUCCAUGCUCCCAACUGUAAGUUGGUCCAAAAGGCCUAUGGACGUCUUGCCUAUAACGACAUGCUUCAGGAUCCUGAGAAUGAGAUGUAUGCUUCCGUGAAGGAGUAUGCCAAGUUUGGUCAUUCUGAGGAGUCUUACUACGACAAGAACCUUGAGCGGGCUAUGAUGCAAUUCACCAAAGCAGAGUAUCAGAAGAAGGUUAUCCCUUCAAUCUACGCUGCCACCAACGUCGGUAACAUGUACACAGCAUCUGUUUGGGGAUGUCUUUCGAGCUUGCUCUCAGCCACUCCUGAUGAGAAUAUCUUGAACAAGCGUAUUGGUGUAUUCUCAUACGGAUCUGGAUCUGCAGCCACGUUCUUCUCGCUAAAGGUCGUUGGUUCGACUGAGAAGUUCCGCGAGACUCUUGAUAUCAAGGCUCGUCUGGAUAACCGUGUUAAGGUCACCCCUCAGAUCUUUGCGGAGUUGUUGAAGCUGCGUGAGGAGACUGCCUUGCUUAAGGAUUACAACCCCAUUGGUGACAUCUCCACACUUGCGAAGGGCACUUAUUACCUGCAGCGCAUUGAUGAGAAGUUCCGCAGAACAUAUGGCCGCGCUUAAAUCUCGUCUGUUUUUUAUUUUCUAAUCUCUCUUUUUAUCUCUUUGUAUUAUACAAUGUUCAAAUAAACUUUCCUCUCUAC